CUAGCUACCCACAAAAACGUGUGGCACACACGCACACACACAUGGACUAAAGACACACACGCGCACACACGAAGCGGAUGAAGGACAAAACGCCCUAACCUGCAAGAGAGCGGGUGAAUGCAGGCCGAUCUAUAGAGAGAGAGGGAGAGAGGGGAUGUGUCCCUCCAUGUCUCGAUGGAUGGAUGGAUGGAUAAAGGGAGCACGCGCACGCAUGCACAAUGGGACACACGAAGGCACGACACGAAGCGAUAUCGAUAUCUACAGACGACGGUGUGAAGACCAAUCAAUUGCCCGAUGCAGCGGUGGUAGGUACCAAAAGGACUACAGCUACACACACGGCGAUGUUUUCUCUACACACACACAUACACGAAGGAAGCGCACGCGCGACAACGAAGGAGACAACACCAAUGCGACGCAUGAGCCCCACACACACUAUCAGGCUCCCAUGAGGGCCUUCCGCACACCGACAUACGAUGAGCCACUCAGCAGCAGAGACCGGUGGCUGCGCUGGCCCUUGUCGAGCCAUGACACUGACACGCCUCCCAUCGUCACUGUGGUGCAGUUGGGCUCCUCAAGACAGAUGCGCGUCAGCAGCAUGGACACCUCCACCUGAUCGAUGACACACACACAGGGGGAUGAGGGAAGGUUUGCUGCGAUGCGCGACUGGCGUGCCCAGGUGGUACCUACCUGCUCUUGGAAGGCCAGCUCGUUCCUGCCAUGCAGCUGCCGGCAUGUGGCCGACUUGCCGCAUGAGACCUCCAGCUGCGUCAUGUGGACCUCCAUGCCUAACCGUCCGAUGCGACGGACCUGGCGUGACACACCUGAUGGAUCACACACACACAGAUGGCGAGAGAAGGUCUCUGUGCGGCGGUUGAGAGCUUACUGUCGAAGUCUGUGCCGUGAAGGGCGACGCGCAUCUGCAUGGCCACUCCAUUGACCGGCGCGCCUUUCUCCUUCAGGAACCGCAGAUACUGAUACAUCGCCUCUCCCUUCCCCUGCACACACACACACACACACGGAAAGGUGUAUGUUCCUCUCAUUCCCCUCACCCCUUUGCUUGAUUCGAUGUGGUGGUCGCUGAUCAUGAGCCGUAUGGGCGCGUUGCCGGCGGCCUCACGCGCCGCCUUGAAGGCCCUCUCCACCCACCCUGACGGGCCGUGGAGAACCGGGGAAUUCUGUGGGUCCUUCUGCACAUUGGAGAGCACUGCACACACACAAGGAGGGAGGGGAGUCCACAUACACAUAUACUUCGUUGAUUCCGGCAUUCACUCGGGCGUACCGUCAGCAGCGACAUCCAUCUGUAUGACAUGGGGCAUCGCGUCAGCGUCAGCAUAGCGCCCCACCACCUCUCUCACAUGCGUCAAGAGCGCCGCCUCACGCCGAUGAUGGUCCUUGCUGGCCCACCCCAGCACGCCUCGCCCCCACGUCACCAGAGGCAUGCGCAUCUUGAGGCUGAGUUCGGUGGACAGAUCGGCCAUUCGGUCGCAGAGGGAGAAGUCGAAGACGCCUUGCUGUGGCUGCAGGACGCCCAUUGUGCCUGACAGAGAGACAGACGGAUGCUUUGGUGUGGGGGCAAUUGUCCGUCUGUGUGUGCACAUUGUGCAGAUGUCGGCAGCAGGUUCGAUUCUUCUGCCAGUGUCUGCACAUAGGUGGGGUCUGUGAGCUGCCGUGGUGAGGUGACGGCAAAGCCCACAUACAUCCUCCGCCCACCGGCCAAUGCGCGAACGCCGCCUGCACACACACACACACACACACCAUAACACGCAAUUCGCGCAGACAUCCGCAGGCGCCCCCUUUCAGCCACUCACCAUCGAGCGACGCACUUGCAGCACUGAAAUGCGCCUUGAGAUCCGGCGUGAUGGUCUCAACCUGAUGGACCUGCUGACUCCGAGCACUCAGCCGACCCCUUGUGUGUGUCGCCAUCACUGUCACUAUGUCCGACUCGAGAAGAAAGGGCUCCACCAGCGCGCAUGGCGCGUGUCGCGUGUCGGCACACGACGGGCCCACCGACCGAAUGUGCCACGGGCAGCACAGCUCCCUCAUCUCCUCAUCCCCACUCUCACAGGCCUCCCCCUCAGCGUCAUCACGCGCGCCACAUAUGCUCGCGGAGCAGGCCGACCACUCCUUGUUGAACACGCCGUUGGCGAUCUCGGUGCAGUAGGCUUGGGGGUCGACUGUGAAGCGGCAGGGCAGCUCUGACGCUGAGCCGUCCGGUGCACACGCGGGCAGCAUCUCAUAGUCGGGGCAGCAGAGUUCCGGGGUGGUGGGUGAGCAUUGGUCGGCGUCCGCGCCGCAGUUGUCGCACGACUUGGGGCAGCAAACUUGGUGCGUCACGUCGAACUUCCCACCCAGCUGCUGCGCACACACGGCUGCAGGGAACAGGGGAAGUGGAAAGAGAGAGCGACAUGUGUGUCAGUGGAAUCGACUCUCGACUUACCGGCGUUGGAUAUCUCUUCCAUCGGUGUGGCAGCGAUGCUCGCAGUUGUGACGGGCCUGUUCCUGCCACUCGCCCGGUGGGUCUCCAUCAUGGUGACGCUCUCGUCAUCCACAGCACACGGGGCAACCUCUAACUUGGAGCAGUAGAGAUCACUUCCAGCCGCCCUGAUCUCCUUGCUGCAGCACUUGUCCGGACGGCUGUCUGCGCGCAGCGAGCAGCCCUCCCCGCCGCACUCUUCGCAUUCGAUGGGGCAGCAGACCUCUCUCGCUUCGUUGAAUACCCCGCCUAUGUAGUCCUCGCACACGCGUCGCUUCGUCCAUCGGUCCUUGAUGGACAUAUCGGGCCGCUCCGUCAACACACACGGAAGCGCGGGGGUCCCAUUUCCGUUGCUGCCGCUGCUGCAUGCGGCCAUUGCGGCCAUUGCGGUUGUUGUCUCGUUCGUAGAGCAGUCGAUGCUGCCGAGCGCGCCUCUCUUGCAGCAGACACCGGUGUCACGGUCGUAGCUGCCGUCCAGAUGCCGCCUGCAUAGCACCUCCCUCUCAUAGACAGGUGCCACAUCCGCCUUGACAGAGAAGAAGGUAGCUGCGGUGACCAGACAUGGGGGCUCGUGGUCUAUGUCGCAGGAAGAGGCGUUGCUGGCGUGUAUGCCCGUGGAACAGCACACUGCUGUUCCGCCUGGCAGGCUCCCGCAGUCCAUGCCGCCACACUGGCCACAGUCAGAGGGGCAGCACGCGUCCUCGCCAUCCGACAAACCCCCAAGCUUGUGCUGACAGAUCUCCCUGCAGACAGAGAGAGGGAGACAAUUGCACAGGGGGCACAUUAGGCACGUGCACUGACUUCACGUACCAGGCACUCUCCGCAAAGGCGUCUUUGGACGCCUCGUCCAUCCGGCACGGCACAGCAGACGCAUUGCUGCAGUCGGUCCCAUGGGCGCGCAGCAUGUCCGGGCAGCACUCGCUGUCGGUCUCGCAUGUCUGUCUGUCGCACGACGCGCAUUUCGCCGAACAGCAGACGGUGGCUCGGUCGUCGGCGAUGCCACCAAGUCGGGUGCAGAGGGUGGUCCGAUCGGCGGCCGAGAAUGCGUCACUUCGGAGAGAUAUGUUCGCUGCACGAAUGCACACACAGGAGAUAACAAGAUUUCCAUACUCCAUCCACAGGUGUUUGUAUGUCUUAUUCUGUACCCACCUGGCUUGGUGAUGUCGUCAACAGGAGGAGGCUCGCCCCCAUUCCCAUCGACAAGCGCGGCUCUCACAAGAUCCACAUUGCGCAUGGUGCACGGCGGGGCCCCCCUGUCCUCGCACCUCUCGGCAUACUUCUCGAUCUCCUCCACACAGCACUCGGGCUCCAUCCCCGUGCAUCUCUCGCCGGUCGCGCAUUCGCUGCAGAUUUCUGACGGACAGCAUGCUCUGGUCGCAUUGAGGCCGCCCUGUCCGAAGGUGCCGCCCAGUGCGGUGCAGGCUCGGUUGAAAGUGACGUUGAGUGUGGGCAUGAGGGCUUCGGUGAUGCGGCAGGGAGGGGUGUGCUCGCCGUCACAUGCCGGUUUUAAAAUCACUUCGUAGUCACAGCACUCGUCCCUGCCGCCCUCUCUGCACGCGUCAGGCAGCCAUGCAAGCGUGUUUGUGCGUCCUGUGGGUGUGGAGGCUUUCGUGCUUGGUUACGUGUCUUCGCAGAAUGCCCCUCCGCACUUGUCGCCACAUCGGCCUGCAGGGCAGCAGUUGCCCGACAGCCCGUAGAUGCCACCCACCUUGUGCUCGCACAGCCACUUCCUCUCCUCGAAUGUCAUGCCGGGGUGACGCUCUUGCUGCACUCAGACAGACAGACAGACGAUGGACGGAUGGACGUGUCCAUACUGGUGUGUGUACCUUUUGGAACUGUGAGUUGAGUGAGAGAGGGUCGUUAGGGUGGUUGGGCUCGACGAAACCUGGAAUGGUCGUCACGAGCGACUCGUUCUGACGCGUGGCCAUCCAGACACACAGACGCACAGAUGGUGCCCAUCCAUUCAGGUCAUGCUGGCCAGCUCACCCACCGACCAUAAUUGAUACGGCAUCGAUCCUGAUCGGUGGGGACAUUUUCGCCUCGUCAAGCGAACCAACAUGAUCGGCGAACGACACCUGCAGGGAGACAGACAGACAGACGGACGGACGGACAAGGACACACAUGCUCGCACACCAACAGCCGCCCACCGACCUACUGGACCUACCGUGAACGCUCCAUUGUUCCGCUCUGCGUUAAACCAAGAGGCGAGACGAGGAUGGUACAUCCGCAUGUGCUUGACGGGCACCGCUGCGUUCAUGAAACUCACCUGCACACACACACACACACACACGCAUCCUCGCAUCCUCAUGUGCGCCGAGUGUCCACUCGUUCUCACCACAAAGUAAUAGUUGGUUGCUCGUGUGGGGAACGAUGCGUAGAUUGAGACGUUGUCAUUGGCCAGACCGGGGCAGGGCACAAAGCGCCAGCUGGCCUCCUGCGUUGCGUGAGCCCUGGUGCUGCUCUUGACUGCCGCAAAGGGCAUGACCGUGAGAAGGUUCUCUGGGCAUCCCUCACACCUGCACACAUACCCACACGGAAGGAGGCCGCAUGUGGCUGCUGGCUGGAUGGAUGGAUGGUGACAUGAUCGGCUGGUUACCCAUCGACGACGAGCAUGUGGUGGAGUGCUUCCGCAUCCAAGGGACCCUCUGUGGUGGGGUAGAUCUGCAGGAGCACACCACGGACAACCCUGGCUGUGUCCUCCCUCUGUUUGAUUGAUGUGCGUACCUCCAUGCAGGUGCCGCAGGCCAGGCCGUCUUCGAAGUGUGUCUGCGGUACCCUCACCACACCGCUCACACUGGGAACUGGAGGCAGCUUGUGGAUCGAGCACCCUCCCUGCCCGAUGACAACCGCCACCAACAACAAUGGCAGCACCACACACCAACGCUAAGGUGUUGUCAUUGCCUUCUGUGCAGUGUGCCUUGUGUACCGUAUGUGAUUCGUUCCAGAAUGCCUCGUUGUCGAGAUUUGCUGUGUGCCAUGGCUUGUAGAAGUUGAAGGGCGCAGCAGCACGAGGGAGGCUCAGCAACGCUGCUGCAGCUGUGAGGGCAAGGAUGGCGAGAUAGUCCCUGGCAGUGUGGCCAUCACCGUCUUGCAUCGUCUGCACGGCAACCUGUCUUCGUCUUUAUCUUGAAAUAGUAG